AUGUCGGGUAGCGCAGGUUACGACAGACAUAUCACGAUCUUUUCUGAUCAAGGAAGAUUAUACCAAGUCGAGUAUGCCUUUAAAGCUAUCACCGCUGCGAACAUUAUGUCUGUAGGCAUUCGAGGAAAGGAUUGUGCCGUUGUUCUGUCUCAAAAGAAGGUUCCCGAUAAGCUCAUUGAUCCAUCAUCCGUCUCCCACAUCUUUCAAUUGUCACCAUCCGUAGGAUGCGUCAUGACAGGUUCUAUCGCAGAUGCCAGAGCCUCUGUUCAAAGAGCUAUUGGCGAGGCUGCCGAAUUCAGAUACAAGUUUGGAUACGAGAUGCCGUGUGAUGCCCUGGCAAAGAGGAUCGCCAAUAUUAGCCAAGUCUAUACCCAAAGAGCAUACAUGAGACCGUAUGGUGUUGCAACCACGUUAAUAUCGUUGGAUUCUGAAUUUGGUCCUCAACUGUACAAAUGUGACCCAGCUGGCUACUACACUGGUUACAAAGGAACAGCUUCGGGUCCAAAACAACAGGAGGCGUUCAACCACCUGGAGAAAAAGCUCAAGAACAAGGAUUGUGCAGAAGGUAGCUGGGAAGAUGUAGUAGAAUUAGGCAUCACAACUUUGAGCACAGUUCUCAGCGUCGAUUUCAAGAAGGGAGAAUUGGAGAUUGGUAUUGUUGGGGGGCCAAGAAAGGAUGGAAAGGAGGGUACAGAUCCGGGCUUCAGGGCUUUGACUGAAGAGGAGAUCGAUGAGAGGUUACAGGCAAUUGCAGAAAAAGAUUAG